AUGGUCAAGACUAAGAAGUCCGGUGACACCCUCUCCUCGCGCCUGGCGCUUGUGAUGAAGUCUGGCAAGGUUACCAUGGGUACCAAGUCCACCAUGAAGACUCUCCGCUCUGGCAAGGCCAAGCUGGUCCUCAUCUCCGGAAACUGCCCUCCUCUGCGCAAGUCCGAGCUUGAGUACUACGCCAUGCUCGCCAAGACCCCCGUUCACCACUUCAACGGCAACAACAUUGAGCUCGGUACCGCUUGCGGUAAGCUCUUCCGCUGCUCCGCCAUGGCUAUCCUCGAUGCCGGUGACUCCGACAUCCUGAGCCGUGAGGCUUAA